AUGUUCCUGGAGAACUAUUCUCGCUUUUUGGUAGGCCUGUUGGGAUGCAUGGCCCUCGUCCAGCAAGGGUACAGCGCAUGCAUCCCUUCAGUCUCUAGACCCAGCACGUCGAAAGGAAACAUCAUGAUCCCCUGGUAUACGUACCCAGCGGGUGGAGCCUGGACAUCUAUGGAAAAAUUGAUCAGCUCCAACCCCGACGUCCAGUUCACCAUCAUCAUCAAUCCUGACAACGGUUCCGGCCCUACCGCCCUGCCGGACGAGAACUUCUUGGCCGCCGUCCCCAGGCUCACAGCAUACAGCAACGCGUUGGUGAUUGGCUACGUUCGUACUGACAAGGGGACCCGCGAUAUCUCGGAGGUCAAAAAGGAAAUCGACACCUAUGAGGGGUGGCCAUCCGCCAGCGGAAACCCCUCCUUCGCAGUGCACGGCACCUUCUUGGACGAGGCACCCUCGGAGUAUGAUGCCGCCGCAGUCGAGUAUUUCCAGCAAUUGGCCUCGUCCAUCCGUGGAAGCAAUGGACUUGGUCCGAACAACCAUGUCGUGAUGAAUCCCGGCACUGUUCCUGAUGCCGCCUACCUCGGGAUCCCCGACACUACCGUCAUCUUCGAGUCGCCGUACAGCGAAUUCGUACGAGCGGUUUCAUCCGACCAGUUUCAGGGAAUCAAGGGCCAGGACCUCAGUCGCUUUGCGUCCAUGGUCUACGAUGUUCCCGACAACGUGGACCUCGAGAACUUGCUGUCUCAGCUGCGUGCCAUUUCCAGCCAGACCUAUCUCAGCAAUCUCAACACCUACCAGGCUUUCGAUUCAGUCUGGACCAAGGUGGUCUCUCUCCUGUCUGCGUAA